GAUAUUACUAAUUUAAAAGCUUAAAGUAUUUGCCCAGAAGGCAGCGAGGAAAAAAAACCAGAGGACUGCAGAAGCCCAGGCGGUGCCACCGGAACGCAGGCCGGCUUCAAGAGCGUCGCCGCCUGUCAGAGCUCGGCUGAGCGGUGCAGUGAAGCACCGGGCUGGCGCGGCCGCGAAGCGGGACAAGGGGUCUCCAGCGCCGGGCCGGGCGCAGGCGGCUUCAGCGGGGCAGCUCCGUGGAGCCGAGUCUUGCUGGGAGCGUGCAAAACAUGGUGUAAUCCGGCUUAAUCCCGCAGUUGUCUGCCUGGGACCUUUCGCGGGUCGGUUUGAUCUUCGGCCGAGGAGGGAGGGCGAGAUGUUUCGCUUGGCGUUCCCUGUGUUCCCUUUCUCUUUUCAGCCGUACCGUUGGGUUUUGAGGUAUACAAAGUAACCAGCAGCAGCGGGUCACUAUCUGCAAGUUAAGCUUUAUAAGACUGCUAGAACUCGUGACACGGACUAGAAGAUGAAUAAUCUUUCCUUUAGUGAACUGUGUUGCCUGUUCUGUUGUCCACCAUGCCCAGGGAAAAUUGCCUCCAAACUGGCAUUCCUACCUCCUGAUCCCACGUACACACUGAUGUGCGAUGAGAGUGGUAGUCGCUGGACUUUACAUCUCUCAGAGAGAGCAGACUGGCAAUAUUCUUCUAGAGAAAAAGAUGCCAUUGAGUGCUUCAUGACUAGAACAAGUAAAGGUAACAGGAUUGCCUGUAUGUUUGUGCGUUGCUCACCUAACGCCAAGUAUACUUUGCUCUUCUCACAUGGAAAUGCUGUUGACCUGGGUCAGAUGAGUAGCUUUUACAUAGGACUGGGUUCACGGAUUAAUUGCAACAUAUUCUCAUAUGAUUAUUCUGGAUAUGGUGCAAGUUCUGGGAAGCCAACAGAGAAGAAUCUGUAUGCUGACAUUGAUGCUGCUUGGGUGGCUCUUAGGACAAGGUACGGAAUCCGCCCUGAAAAUGUGAUUAUAUAUGGCCAGAGUAUAGGAACAGUACCAUCUGUGGAUCUUGCUGCUAGGUAUGAAAGUGCUGCUGUAAUUCUUCAUUCUCCACUGACCUCAGGAAUGCGAGUAGCUUUUCCUGAUACGAAGAAGACCUAUUGCUUUGAUGCAUUCCCAAACAUUGACAAAAUUUCUAAAAUAACAUCUCCUGUGUUAAUAAUCCAUGGGACUGAAGAUGAAGUAAUUGACUUUUCACAUGGCCUAGCAUUAUUUGAGCGUUGCCAGAGACCUGUAGAACCACUGUGGGUAGAAGGAGCGGGCCAUAAUGAUGUGGAACUCUAUGGACAGUACCUUGAAAGGUUAAAACAGUUUGUGUCACAGGAACUGGUGAACUUGUAAUUUUCUUUGUAUAUUUACAUGCUUUUGCAUUUCACUGCAGAACUGCGCACCUUGAUAAAUACAUAACAUAAAACCUGAAAGUUGUGUUUUCAAAUCAUCCUGGUUGCCUUCAUUAAAUGUACAGGUAAUGAUUUGUCAACAUAAUUAAUGAAGGUUUUAAUGCCAGUAUUAUAAACUGGAAUUACAUGAUCAUGCAGUCAAGCUUGGAAGUUCAUAUUACUUUGUGUGAGGUUUUUCUUUUCUUAGAUGUACAAAAAAAAUCACAAGGAGUACUGUAUGAAAUUUUAAUUAUAUAAAAUCAAAUGCUGUAAAAGUUGCCAAAUGCUUUAGCAUAUCAAAAACAAGUUUAUAAAUAUUUUUUAAACAUCUCAAAAUGUACUGUGACUUACUCUGUUGCACAGGUGUAAAUUAAAAACCAGACUUCUAAGCAGUUGUUCUGUAAAAAUGUAAUAGCCAUGAAAUUUGAGCAAAUACUAAUGUAUGUAAUAAGAAUAGACAGUCACUGGAAAUGACCCAUGCCCUGUUAUAGGGGGAUGGAGUCAAAAUAGAUCUGUUUUUCCAUAUUUUUCAUAUCUUUUGUGCUUAGUUUACUUUAGUUCUUUUGUUCUUGUGUUGCCCCUUACCUUUCAGGUUAAACAAAUUUACCCACUCGUCUUCUCAGCAGUCCUAAUCUUGCCAAAAUAAUGCCACAAGUUAUCAUUGUUGUAACGUAAACAUCACUCACAUGAUUACUACUUAGGCCACUAAGUACUUCUUUGAAAUCGGUAAGACUUUUAGAACCUAGAAGGCUUUGUGGACAACGUAGUUAUAAGCAUUGAUUGUGUAGAGAUGCAAUAUUUCAUCAACAGAACCUGAAAGUUCAUCCAACUAUGUAAUAAACAAUUUGCAAGUUUGCAGUUAUCUGAUCAGGCUCUACUUUUGGAUGUUUAGUAUAAAAGCUUGUUGGUUUUUUGAGUAUUGUAUGGAAAUUUUAUUACUCACGCCUGGAUGGGGUGGGGGGAGGGGCAAGAAAAGAAUGUUGACAUAUUUCUAUUAACUCAUAGUAAAAUAAACUUUGUAAGUUGCCUUUCCCUUAAAUGCAUUUUGCGUGAAUAAAACUAUGAAAAAUAAACUUAAUUAUAUGUAGCCUAUUUGUAAACAAAGUAAUAUUCCAACAAUACACACUGUGCUUCUAAUUUAAAGGCCUUAUGUAGUUUAAUUGUUCUGCUUGUUUUUUGUGAUUGAGACUAUUGUAUACUUAAAUGUAGUUUCAAGUAUUGUGAAAACUUUGAUUAAGAUGUAUUGAUUAACAGUAAACAAUAUUGCAUAAACUUGCUGUUCUUCCUUUGUUUUUUUAAAAGAAAUAGCAACAGUUGCUUGUGAUAUCAAAAAAUAAGCAACUCCCCAUUUACUCUAUGAAAUCUGAGAACUAAAGCAGUAACCCAUUGUUACGAAUUGUUGGCACAUUUCUUUAUCAGCAGCUAAGCUACUGUUCUGAUCACCCUUCCAUCCCCAUGCCUUAUCUUACUUCUUUCUGCUGUUCAGCAUACAGGUUUUCUGCUGCAGAGCUACUUAUAAACAUUCUUUUGUAAUGAAUUCAAAUUUAGCUUUCUUUGAAAUCAUCAGUGACUUCUUGCCUUGUGCUCUUUGGUUUGGUAAAUGAAUAGAAAGAAAUUUGAAUCUGUUCUCCAGCAAUUGGGUUCUUGUUUGUCUUUGUGAUCAAGCAUGCUUCAGUGUGUUCUGAACUUCAGAGUAGUAUUCAGGCACAAUAAUAUUAGACUUAAAGAUUUUCAUCCUAAUCCAAGAUUCUGCAAUUGGAAGUGUGCUUAAAUAGAUACGUAACUCAGCUUUAUUACAUCAUACUGUAUACACAGUUUGAUUUAAUCUUCUUACUACCUUCCAGCCACUAUCUCUGAUUUAGAUGGAAAUUGUUACCAUUACGUAUUUAAGUGCUUUCUUUGUGAUGAAUGAAGUCUGUUUUGAGUGUCCUCUUGAGAAAUUCACAAAUAAAGAAUGCAGAAUUGCAGUGGUAAGUGAUACAGGCUGGCUGAUAGUACUGCACAUGGCAGGCAAAUGAUCAACUGUCAUCACAAGAACUAUCAGAUUGUGCUAGGGAAUAUUAUGGCACCCUGUAGUUGAAAAGACAGAAAAGGUGGCAUAGCGGUUUUGCUGCUUUUGUUUGUGUUUUGUUGAAGCAGAACAAAAGGCCUGACUAACAGAGUUUUGUCUUCAGCAGAUGCAGCUGUGCUGGAUUACACUGGUGAGUAAGGGUUCUGAUCUCUUUGGGACCACUUAUGCAUGGUUAAUUAUUGCCAGUUUGUUCUGAUUUGUAUUUUACACCUAGAUUUUUCAGAUGAGUUGUUUGUUGAAGGAAUUAAAAUUGGUUUUAGGCACAGCCUAGCUUGUGUUAAGAAUCGUAUUAUAGCAACAAACUUGUUACCGACAUAAAGUAACUCUGAACUAUUGCAGCUGGGAGGAAAACAUUUGAUGUGGUGGUUGUCUUGUCCUUAAAUCAUCAUUUUGGUGAAUUUGACAAUGGGCUGUUGUUUUAUGUUAUAAAUGCAAUUGUCUCAUGAUAAAUAAGAGUUGAUUCAGCAUUCAUUAACAAGACAAUGUCUGUAUUUUAGGGAAAAAGAAAAGAGCAUUUUAUGAACCACGUGGUCUGAUUCCUUCUUUUUUUUUCUUUGAGACAAAUAUUUGAUAGUAAAUGUCUUUUUCAGUUCUGGAAACCUUGGCAAAUCAACUUUUAAAACGAACUUCAUUUAUGUAAAAUAUGAGAUCACCUUCUGAAGGUGGGGUCUUUUGGAACAUGUUUUGCUGUCUUACAUUCCUACACACAUUAAUGUGUACAUUAAAAAAAAACCCCACACCUCCCUCCUCUCUACUGUCUGCUUGUGGCAGCAAAGAAUUCUAGUGUAUGUUCAAUUACCUACUCUUAUUGACUGAUUUCAAACUUGCUUUUCUUUUUCAAGCUUUUUUUUAGUGAAAAAGAAUUUGCAUGUUUACUCUUGGGCUCUUUUAAUUGGAUGACAUUGUGCAGCAGGACCAGCUACUUGGUACCUCUUACUAUGGAAUAUUCUAGGUCCUACAGAUACAAAUUCUUCUCACUAUACAGUAGGCAUUGUUAAUGUAUUAAAGAAAAAAAUGACAAAAAUAGCAUUUCUGAACCAGCGGAAAAAGCAUCCUGUGUAAGUAGGGGUCUGAUCACUUGAAAGCAGCUUUGCAGAAAAAGAGUUGGGCACCCUGCUGGACAAAAAGCCAACCAUGAGCCAGCAAUGCAACCUUAGAGCAAAGACAACCAACAGUGUCCUGGGCUGCAUUAGGCAGAGACUUGCCAGCAGGUCAAGGGAGGUGGUCGUUCCCCUCCACUCACCACUGUGAGCGGAGACACAUCUGGAGUGCUGAGUCCAGUUCUGGGCUCUCCAGUGUAAGGAAGAUACGGAUGUACUGGAGCAAGUCCAGUGCAGGGCCACUGCUACGACUGAAGGACUGGAGCAUCCGUCAUAGGAAGAGAGAUUGAGAGAGCUGGGGCUGUUCAGCCUGGAGAAGAAAAGGUUUGGAGGAUCUUUCACCAUGUGUGUGAAUAUCUGAUGGAAGGAGGGAGUGGAGGGAGCUAGACUUUCCCCAGUAGUGCCCACUGAGAGGACAAGAGGCAAUGAGCACACACUGAAAGACAGGAAAUCUGAUCUGAAUACCAGAAGACAACUUUUUUUUUUAUUGUGAGGGUGGUCAAACACUGGAACCAACCGUGGAGGUGCCAUCUUUACAGAUAUUCAGAACCCAGCUGAGCACAGCCCUGAGGAACCUGCUGUAGCUGACCCUGCUCUGAGUACAAGAGUUGGACUAGAUGAUCUCAAGGGGUCCCUUUCAACCUCAGCCAUUCUGUGGUUUUGUGAAUUAUGGCACGCAAAUCCUUUAGAUGGUUACCACUACACAUAUUUUUGUGCCAUCACUGUACACCAGCUCAGAAGCGGAGACUAUUGAGUUACAAGAAUUAUCUUAAUUUAGUGCUCCCUACUUUUGAUGGGUUAUUUUUCAGCAACAGAAAGCAACAAAAAGUCUGCUAUGGAAAAAGGUCUUUAUCUCUUAAUCCUGAGACCAUCACUGUUUGAUGUGCUGUUGCUGAGACUGACUGCAAUACCAAAAUUUAUACCUCAGGCAGUGUCAUCAGAGAACAUAUUGCUACCCUACUACAAAAGGAAGAUUGAAAAGCUAGAUGUAAAGUAUAGGUAUGUUCUCCUGAAAAGAGGAAAAAUACUUGAAAGAUGUCUUAAACAUUCUCAAAAGUGGGAAUGUUGCAUUCACAACUAUUAUCCUAUGUGCUUGGCAAGCAGCAGAGGAGACUGAAUGGAGAUAGGGUUAGUUUGGGUUGUUUUAAUAAAAUUAGUUAAUAAAGCUUGUUCUACUUCACUUGAAUAGUGUUUGUAAAACAAAAAUGAAAAGUUGUUUGUAUUGUCAUUGGGCAGGGGGGUUCAUGAGCUACUAACUGUGCAUCAGGCUUGCUCCCCUUCACUUAAACAGUUCACAUAAUAUUUGACUGUUUCCAAUUGUUAAAAGUUAGUGUGAAAACCCAUUGAGCUUAAGUAGCACCAGAUUGAAAUUUCAGCAUGAAAUAGUCUUAGAAUGCUAACAUAUGGAACUUCUUAACCAAUUUAUGUUGAGAGAAUACUAAUUGUAAAACAGCCAUAGAAAGAAACAAUGUUUCCCUGUGAAGAAAUUCCAUUGUAUGAUGAUAAUAAAUACUAUAGUAUACUUUCUUCCUUAAUUUUUUUUUUUUUUUUUCAUGUAAGACCUCUUGCUCGCUCUUUCUGUGAAAGGAAGUAAAAUUCUGGUGUAUUUCUGAUAAAAUGGCAAGGAAAAUGCUUGAGGAUUAAGAGGAUAGUGUAAAAGAAAUGUUCUUAAAAACUGAUUAUUCUGCCACCGAGGAAGGGGACAACCUUAAAAAAAGUAUCUCAGCAUCAACUUUUCCCUAGAGGUAUUAGUAAGGUAUCUUAGUCUGAUAAUCUAUUUCAAAAUAAAUAGAAAACCUCAAAAGGGUUUUGUUGCCUAGAAGAGGUUUUGUGGUUGGUAAAUGAGGCAUUAAACAAAUGGUUGUAACUUUAAUGUUUCAUUUCAAAUUUUUUUUGCUUACAGAGGGCAAAUAGUUUUCUAACCUUCAGCACUGAAGAGAAGACAUGGAAGAGAUAUUACUGAAGAUGAAAUAGUCAAUUUACCUUCCUAUUAUGCUAGAAGCUAUGCACAUCUCAAGUAGGUAGCUGUGCCUUGUCUCCUCCUAGAGCAUAGGGUAUACCCGUAUGAAUGGCGUCAGGCUUUCAUACUGGGACAUUUUUUUUCUUUCAAAACCACAAAGCCACAAACGUUUUUGCCCGAAGUUUUCUUCUGGAGUCAGGUAAAUAGUGGAUUUACUGUGUUGUUCUAAAACAGAAUUACACCAGGUAUCCAAAUAAGACUGAAGCUAGAACAGCAUUUUAAGUAAUCUGAUCAGUAACUCAUCUAGUACCUCAAAGACAUGUGACGGCACUGCAAGUCUUUCUCAAGCACAUUAAGCAUUGCAAAGGUCCUUGGUUGGGCAAGUCACCUCCUUUUAAAGAUCACAGUCUAAAUACACUUUAAAUGUAAAAGAGUUGUAAGCCAUCCUAAGGAGAGCAAGGAGAUUGUGGACUCAAAAUCACCAGCAGCUUUGUUAGAGCAUUACUGAUUUGGAGUUACAUAUGUUGCACUGUGAUUUUGCCCCAGAUCUUCAUUAAAAUAAGUUUGCUAGGUCCAUUUGCUAGAUACUGCACAGUACUUGGAACAGAACUGUGCUGGUCACUGGUUUGAAAUGUCUUCCCAGGAUGGUGCUAUUUUGUUAUGUUAAUGGCGACGUUUUAAUUCAUUAGAAGCAUACUGACAAAAGAUUUGGGUAAUAAAACCUAAGUGCUGACAAGA